AUCACCUGUGCGAGUCCAAAUCUAGCACAGCCCGUACUGUCCAGUUUGUGGUUUCGAGCAUACCGGCCAUCUUCUCAUACGCGUGUAGCCAAUACACAGUACACUCGAGGGUAAAAGAUGAUUCUCUAUGGAUAGCAAGCGUAUAGAGCGAGGGCCGUCUGGUCUCCUCGGGGGUCAUCAGUAUGACGACCUGGAGGCCAUUAGCCCAAAGGUGGACGACGGACCACAGUUAGACCUUCAGGGCAAGGAAACACCGGACUUCACGACUGAAGGAUCACAGACAACAGAUAAUGACAGGAAGCCUAUCUAUGGCGUGGACGAAAACGAAGAACGUGGAAACUGGACCGGACGCUGUGACUUCGUGCUGGCUAUGCUGGGGUUUUCAGUGGGCCUGGGCAAUGUCUGGCGGUUUCCUUAUCUGUGUUAUCAGAACGGAGGCGGGGCUUUCCUGAUACCCUAUACCAUUUGCCUUCUUUUCGUCGGCAUUCCCAUGUUCUUCUUAGAGAUCAGCCUAGCUCAAUUCUGCAGUAACGGACCAAUGACAUGCUGGCAGUUUGCACCACUGUUUAAAGGCGUGGGUAUAGCCAUGAUGAUCAUAUCCGGAUUUGUCACUAUAUAUUACAACAUGAUCAUUGCUUGGGCCCAGUUUUAUCUAUUCGCCUCAUUUACGAGUCAGUUACCAUGGAUAUCAUGUGAAAAUGCCUGGAACUCCAAACUCUGUUUGCACAAACUGCCGAUAGUUGAUUGCACUAAAUUCACAAGUUUUAAGAACGGAACAUGCUAUAAUCAGACGCAAAGAAUUGGUCUAUGGAACGACACAGUGUUUACCAACAUCACGGGAUUGAAACGUAUUUUGCCUACAGAGGAAUACUGGAAUAAUUAUGUACUUCACAAAAGUACAGGGAUUCACGACAUUGGAAACCCGCAGUGGGCUCUGGUGCUCAACCUUCUUCUGGCCUGGGUUAUUUGCUUUUUCUGUUUAAUGAAGGGCAUAAAAACUACGGGAAAGGUGGUGUAUUUCACAGCUCUGUUUCCUUAUGUUGUGCUUCUGAUCCUCCUAAUUCGAGGCUUGACACUCGAUAACGCCAUUGAUGGAAUCAGGUUUUAUAUCAUCCCAAAGUUUGAAAAGCUGUUGGACGCUAAUGUGUGGCGCUUUGCCGCUAACCAGAUAUUCUACUCCAUGGGUAUGGGUUGGGGUGGACUACAUGCUCUUGCCAGCUACAAUAGGUUUCAUAACAACACACUGAAGGAUGCUUUGAUAGUCUCUAUUGGUGGUUGCCUUACAAGUUUUUUUGCCGGAUUUGUGAUAUUUGCUUACCUUGGACACAUGGCAGGAAAACUUGGGAAGGAUGUAGAAGAGGUGGCUACAGAUGGUCCCGGGUUGGCCUUUGUGGUUUACCCAGAAGCUGUUAGCCAACUCCCAGCGCCCACAGUCUGGGCCAUACUCUUCUUCUUCAUGCUCAUCACACUUGGGCUGGACAGUCAGUUCACCACUGUGGAAACGGUUUUGACGGGGAUGAUAGACCAAUUUCCUCACCUCCGAUCCAGAAAGACACACAUGGUGCUCGCAAUCUGCAUAGUGGAAUUCUUUCUUGGCCUUCCGGUUACAACAAGGGGUGGUGUUUAUAUACUCCAGCUGAUGGACCAGUUCAUAGGGGCCUGGUCCCUUCCGAUUGUAUGCCUAGUAGAGGCGCUCGUCAUAUGCUACAUCUAUGGUGGGCGCCGGUUCCUCGAUGACAUUUCGGUUAUGACUGGGAAAAGACCGUCGCUAUACUGGCUUAUCUGCUGGGCUAUAUUUAGUCCAGUCAUUAUUGUGGGAAUACUCAUAUUCGCCUGGGCGGAUUAUUCCAAACCGAAAUACGGCGACGACUACUUCUAUCCAAUCGGAGCGGAAGUGUUUGCCUGGAUUCUCUCCCUCUUGCCUAUUGUACCUAUUCCUGUAUACAUACUGUACAAGGUGAAUAAGGCCAGCUAUAUGGAUACCUUGAAACAGAAACUCUCCUAUUUGACAACACCAACUCGCUACUGGGGCCCAGCCUUGGUGAAGCAUCGGCGGUUAGUUCAUCACGUGCCCGGAUUCGUGGUGGACCCCAAUUUCGAAGACGCUAACAACGGUCUUACAAAUCUAGGCUUCGUCAAUGUAUCUGAAUCAUCGAGGAUUCUUGAGACGAACUCAAGCCUUGGAAGUUUAUCAUACGGGAAGUUAUCAAGAAUGGAUACCUUGUCUCUUGGAAAUCCGUCUGAUAGGUCACAACAUUCCUUAGUCAGCGGACGUGCCUCGAUAUUUACAAUUGAAUCCAAUGUAUGAAGCAGAGCGGACAAUUUUACACCUUGUGGACAAUGAAAGUGGUCAAAUAUCACCCACUGAAUUGUAAUAACAAAACUUGCAUGUUGCUGAUUGUACUCUCAAAAGGCAAUUCAUUGAACAGAAAGUCUGUUGCGAUGCUAGAAUGUAUUCUGUUACCAUUGCAUAUUAUUUUGCUAAAUAUAGCACACAUAUCAAUAUAUUAAGUCAGCAUAAAUAUAAUAUUAGAGUAAGAGAAUAUUACAUUGAAUUUGACUGUGCAUUAUGUUAUAAUAACAGAAUACCUUUUAACAUCACUCAGACAGCAAACUUUCUGUUAAAAUUAACGGAUUAUUUUUUGAGUGUAACCAUGACUGUCUGUCGACAUUUCUCCCUUAAAACUUACCAUCGCAUAUGGAUAUGAUUGAAAGUCUUGCAAACCAGAUGAUCACCAUAAGAGAAUGAUUGAAAGUCUUUUUUGAUCGAAAUAAUUAUUUUUCUGACUGACUGCCACAAUCUUUGAUUAAUACUUAUUUCCUCCAAUGUGUAUUUAAGCUUACAAAAAUUUCUUUCAAUCAAUAAGUUCAGAUGUAUAUGUAUUGAGCAUUUAUCCCUGAUCGAGAUCAAAUGUUUAUAAGGAAUCCGUCCAGUCUCAGUGUCAGUUCUGAAAUAUAACCGUACCUGAAUUCCGUUAACAUGAACACUGUUCAUAAGCGUCUUUCAAUCAUGGAUUUCUUUAAACAAUUGAUGCGGACCAAAUCACUGACAGAAGCUCAAUGUGUAUUACUCUACUUAGCCUAUUUACCUCACACGAUGCAUCUAAAUGUAUAUUUAAUAUGAAAUAUGUUUUCUGAGUCACAU